GAAACCUCUACACAAACAAAAGGUGCGUUCUUUUGCGUUGAAAUGGCUCAUAUCUCAAAUCGUUUGUUUCUCUUUGUGGGUUUCUUGUUGUUACCAUGUUUAAGGCAAACUGUCUGAUCUGCUCAGACAUUUAGUUGUUUUUCCUCUUCAUCACUCUGCGCUAGUUUUGUUUCCGAAUUCUUUUGAGACAAUAUUGGUUUAGUUUCUUCUUACUCGAUUCACACUUUACGACAUUGGAUUCCUAUAAAGUGAUUUACUUUUCUCUAAAAACGGCAACUUUGUUGCUUAAGAAUCUCUCUGUUCUUCAGGAUUUGCAUUAACGUCUCUCGUUUCCUGAAAGGAAUUGAUGAUUUACGCCAGUAGAAUUUGAAUAUUGUCUAUGUGGCAGAUGUAAAGAACAAGUUACAAAGAGAUAUUCACAAGAAUCCGUCUGGAUUCAUGUGUGAAUAGAAAUAUGAGCAAACUCUGUUCUUGAUCUUUGUGCUUUCUUUUCAUAAGGAUUCAUGUUUUGUGAUUCUUGUAGGUCCUACUUUGAUUAAUUUAAUCACAGGGAUUAGUAAACAAGUCUCAGAACAUAGAUUAAUAAGAUCCCCAAUGGUGAUAAACAAUCUCAAGACAGUCUUUUUGGUCAUAGUCCAUCGUUGACCAAGAUUUGAAUCCAAGGCUUUCCCGGAGAGUAUAUACUAGUUAACAAAACACUCAUAAAAAGCUCUGGCUUGACCAAAUUUUCUACUUAAGCAUAACGGUGGAGAUCUGUUUUUUUGUGUGUGGCUAUAUAACAACCUUAUUGUCUAGGCUGGGAUUAAACAAUGGGGGGUUGUGUGUCGACUAGUAGUAAGAGUACGUGUAGCAGCUGGAGCAAUGGAGAGAAGCCUGUGCGUCGACCAUAUCUCGGGAUUGGUUGUUGUGUGAGCAAAAGGGCGAAGAGAACGUUUUCAGACCACAUUGUCUCGUUGCAGAACUUGACUUCUAUACCAAAUCGGAUCACCAGCAGCAGCAAGAGCAGGAGCUCUUGCAUUUUCACUCAACAAGGACGCAAGGGUAUUAAUCAGGACGCCAUGAUUGUGUGGGAAGAUUUUAUGUCUGAAGAUGUGACAUUUUGUGGUGUAUUUGAUGGUCAUGGUCCUUAUGGCCAUCUUGUUGCUCGUAAAGUGAGAGAUACAUUGCCUGUGAAGUUACAGUUUUUCUUUCAGACGCUUCAGUCGAAGCAAAACUGUUCUAAAGGAACUCGAUUCAGAAGAAAUUCAAGCAAAUCAGCUGUCCAAGAAGCUGUUAAAGAAGGAUCUGACGAGGAUAAACUUAAAGGCUUAUGGGGAGAAGCUUUCUUGAAAUCUUUUAAAGCCAUGGAUAAGGAACUGCGGUCUCAUCCUAAUCUGGACUGUUUUUGUAGUGGCAGCACUGGCGUAACAAUUCUUAAACAGGGGUCUAAUCUCUUCAUGGGAAACAUCGGGGAUUCUCGGGCCAUCCUUGGAUCAAAAGACAGUAACGAUUCUAUGGUGGCAACUCAACUGACAGUUGAUCUGAAGCCGGAUUUACCUAGGGAAGCUGAGAGGAUCAAACGGUGUAAAGGUCGAGUAUUUGCGAUGGAAGACGAGCCAGAGGUGCCGCGAGUCUGGCUACCUUAUGAUGAUGCACCUGGAUUAGCCAUGGCCAGGGCGUUUGGUGACUUCUGUCUAAAAGAGUAUGGAGUCAUUUCAGUACCUGAGUUCACUCACCGUGUUCUUACAGACAGAGAUCAAUUCAUUGUUCUUGCCUCUGACGGAGUAUGGGAUGUGUUAAGCAACGAAGAAGUGGUUGACAUUGUAGCUUCAGCUACAAGCCGGGCAUCAGCGGCUAGGACCUUGGUGAACUCGGCUGCGCGUGAAUGGAAACUGAAGUACCCGACUUCCAAAAUGGAUGAUUGUGCAGUGGUAUGUUUGUUUCUGGAUGGGAAAAUGGAUUCUGAGUCGGAUUAUGAUGAACAAGGCUUCUCUUCAGCCACAAAUGCUGUAGAAUCAGAUGAUGGCCAAAGAUCAGAACCAUGUCUCCAAAGAAACUUCACAGUUAGAUCAUCAUCAGAUCAAGAAAACGAGACUUAUGGUAACGUGAAUACAGAGACUGAUGCAGAGGAUGAGAAAACGGUAGGAGAUCAAAACUGGUUGGGUCUACAAGGCGUCACACGCGUGAACUCACUUGUCCAGCUUCCGAGAUUCUCUGAAGAGAAAUCGAAGACUUGAGAUUAGCUUUUAAUGUUAUUUCUGAGGACUGAUCUUGAAGAAUGUUGUCAUUUUUCGUUGUUAUGCUUGAGCAUUGUGCGCAGCUUGAUCUGUAUUUGUUUUGCUGGUGUUUCGUGUUUGAUGUAUCUGUAUUGCACAAUGGAUUUGCCUCAUCGAUUCUCUCUUGGAAUCCAUGAAUCAAAUGUGUAUAUACAUUGCUUUUAGGUAUCUCUCUAA